GACAAGUUCCAGGGAGCAAGAGAGAGAGAGAGAGAGAUAGAGAGAACAAGAGGGUGACGGAGUGAGAGAAGGAGGGAGGAGAGAACACAACAAGCCGGCGAUGGACGGCAGAUAGACACAGAGAACGAACAGAUGAGAGCCAGUGUGUGGAUGCGAGUUGCGUGUGAAGAGGAGGCGAGAAGAGGAAGAGGAGGAGAAACAUGAGUCGACAGCAGCAGCAGAGCCAGGGAGUGGUUUUAACGGGUUACCACAGCAACGCGGAACUGUUGCCCCAAACUGCACCGCGCGGCCCCAGCUGUCAAUCAGCCCGGGACCCCGAGACCCCCACCGAGCCCAGCCGCAGAACAGGCCACUACACCGUUCAACAGAACCAAAACACACUAGAUGGAGACGGAGUCGAGCCCGGCGCUGCCGCCAAUGUUACCAAAACCAGCGGCACCGACCCGUCGCCAUCGCUCCCCAAUCCAAACUUUGUGGCCUGCUCCAGGUCUCUGCCCUCCUCCAGCCCAAUUUCUCACUCCAGCCCAAAGUCUCGCUCCAGCCCCAGACACAGUCCCAACGUCCGGGCCAGAACUCGACCCACGUGUCAGCGCUGUAACUCUCAGGACUCUCUGGAUGAGCUGGAGAUGGACGACUACUGGAAGGAGGUGGAGAAUAUCACUCAAGGAGCAGGGAGAGGCGACAGUGGAGGAGAAGGAGAAGUUCAAGAGGAGGAGCUGAAUAAAACUCCUGAGGAAGGAGAGCAGGAGGAGGCGUGGCUUGCCGAGGCGGGGCUAGCGCAACUCUUCGAUGACACACUGGCACCUGACCAGGAUCAGGAGGAAGACAACGCAGUGUUCCUGUCCACGCUCACCAGGACGCAGGCGGCGGCUGUAGAGCGCCGCGUGGCAUCGCUACAGCAGACGUUGCUACGGCGACGCAACCGACAACACGUUCCAGAUGUUAGGGAUAUAUUCAGACCUCCUGAAAAGGAUGAGCUGCCAAGUCCCCUCAAAGAGGGAAGUGAGAACGGACAGAAAGACCUCACUUCAGCUGAAACGGAGACAGAACUGAACGUUGAAGUGGCGUUUUCAGAGCAAGCGCUCACAUACAGGGAUAUCAACCAAAGACUAAAGGUCGCCACCAGCCCUAACUCGCCUGACGACAAACUACCAAACUUUAAGCUGCUUCCAGACAAAACAGGUCAAACCAGAAUAGGAGAUCUGUCUCCUCUGGAUAUGAAAAAGGUGCGUAGAGUGGUGCUUGUGGAGAUGACUGCUCUGUUUGACACUGCUGGGAUAGACCUGAAGGCGCACAAAGCUGUCAAAGUUAAGACUAAAGAAAGCGGUCUGUAUGGUGUUCCACUCACCACUUUAUUGGAGCAGGACCAGAGGCGGGUUCCUGGGACCAAAGUGCCAUUCAUACUGCAGAGGUUUAUUGCUCAUAUCGAGGAUGAAGGAUUAGACACUGAGGGGCUUCUACGGAUCCCUGGAGCAGCCACUAGAGUCAAGUCCCUGUGCCAGGACCUCGAGUCCUCCUUCUACGAUGGGAUGUUUCCGUGGCAACAGCUGAAGCAGCACGACGCUGCGAGCCUCCUGAAGCUGUUCAUCAGGGAGCUGCCCCAUCCAUUACUGACUGUGGAGUACAUCAGCACUUUCAUUGCCGUCAACAAGCUCCCCACAAAGAAGCAGCAGCUGCAGGCUUUGAACCUGCUUGUCCUUUUGUUGCCGGAGCCCAAUCGGGACACUCUGAAGGCAUUGAUGGAGUUCUUCCAGCGUGUGAUCGACCACCAGGUCAAGAACAAAAUGACGCUCAACAACGUCUCGGUUGUCAUGGCACCCAACAUCUUCAUGUUCAAAGGCAUCCGCUCCAAGGUUACGGAACAACAGGAGUUCUCCAUGGCGACGAGCACAGCCAACAUUGUCCGCCUGCUGAUAAGAUACCAGAAUCUUCUUUGGACAAUCCCCAAGUUCAUCAUGACCCAGGUCAGACAGCAGAACAUGGAAAGUCAGCGGAAACAAAAUAAAGAGAGAGCUGUGAGAAAGCUGCUGAAGAAGAUCACCACUGAGAAACCGCCUGACAAAGCUGCCCCUGAGGAGAGUUCACAGGGAUUUAUUCGGGUCCAGGCUCCCCAGUUCAGCAAAAUCUCUAUGGCUGUUGAGCUCACUGAAAAGCUGCUGGCUGCUGAUGUUCUCACACGCUUCCUCAGCCAAGACAGCUCAGUGGCAGUGAAACGAGAAGAGCUGUGUCUCUAUGAGAUCGGUGGGAACAUCAAGGAGAGAUGUCUCGAUGGGGAAACAUACAUGAAAGACCUCUUCCAGCUGAACCCUGCAGCAGAGUGGGUCAUCAAAGCUGCACAGCGAUGAACUGGUUUCCUACGAUCAGACUGGGAUGAAUCAUGAAUGCCGGACAUCUUCCUGUUCUCACAACAGGGUCCCGCUGAGAAGGGACAUCACCUGGUUCUCUGUGGGUUUCGCUAUUCGAGACACACGUGUGGACAUGGACACGGAUAGUUUUUUAACAUAUGAGAGUGUAACACGGUUUAGCACGCAUGGUUGACCCUGAAAUCUCCCUCAAAAUGCAAAUAUUCCAAAACCCAUGAAUAUCCAUUAGGUGAAAUGUGUGGAUAUACAUUUAAAUGCCAAUUCUUUGCAUGAACAAAAAUCCCAAACAAGAAGUAAAAUGACACUGUGCAUGCAAAAUCAACCAUUUAAUUUCCUUCCACCCUGCCUUAUGCUGCUCACUGGAAUUACGCACCUCAGGUACCAUGAACCUGAAGUUAAGAACAGCUGUCUAUGCUCCUCCCAGACCACAGACACUGGUGGAAAAACGUUAUUUCCUCUAGUUGGUCUCAGCACUUAUGUCACAAUAUUGUGAUUCUUAAUAUUGUUUGAUACUGUAAGUAUUUCACUUGUAUACCGUGGUUCAUUACCUCUAAUCACAUUGUGGUGCCUGCUAUAAUAAGCGGAGUUAAUAUAGUUUGCGGCAAUAAGUUAUCGAAAUUCUAUUAAAUCGGUUUCACCAAUUUAGAAAACAUUGGCUUUUAUUUAUCUGUAUCUUUUUAUUAAAA